AUGGAUAUCAAUGUUUCAAAGUCUGCAGUGGUAUCUUAUCACCGUACCGAGCAGCGUAUUGACUUCUACUACACGAUGAAUAAUGCCAUCCUGCCACGGAAGAAUGCCAUACGAGACCUAGGAGUUUUAAUGUCAUACGAUUUAAACCCAGAUCUGCACAUAAAUACAAUCUGCAAUAAAGCCUCUAAAGCUCUAGGUUUUGUCAUUAGAUGUGGUAGAUACGGACUUGAUGUUAAUGCUCUGAGAACUCUUUACAUGACUCAGGUUAGGCCUGUGCUGGAAUAUGGCAGCUUGAUAUGGAAUCCACAUCAAAUCAGCCACAUAUCAAGAGUAGAAAAAAUUCAGAAUCGCUUUCUUCGCUCUAUUGGCGUCAAGUUGGGCCAUGAAUUCUAUACAGUGCCGAUUGAAGAUAUUCGCAUCGAUAUGGGCCUUCCUCGACUGAGUGACCGUAGACAAUCUGCAGACCUGUCUUUCCUCUGGAAGUUGUUGAACGGCGAAGUUGAUGCUCCAGAAAUACUUCGCCUAACUAAUUUCCACGUUCCUCGACACUUCAGGCACAUUCAACUCUUCAACAAAGCUUCUUUUUCUACAAACUACGCCUUCCACAGUACAAUUCCACGGCUCCACAGAAUUGGAAAUCAAGCAUGCCAACAUGUUGACGUGUUCACCUGCAAACUGAAAGCCAUAAAAAAUAUCAUAGUUUAA